UCUCUAAUGAUAAGAUAAAUAUCCAAAAAAGCCAUAAAAAAAACUCUCAGAAAUAUACAAUAUUGGAAAUGCUUCUCAAAGAGGUAGAUGAAGAGGUGGACUAGGAUAUGAGAGACAAUCCUGUAUUUAUAUAUAUAUAUCUUAUAAGAAAUGUGUUAAAACUCCACUCUAGCUUUAACCAUUAAACGACAACUUUAUCGAAUAAUUAAAGCACAUCAAGGCCAACUUGUAAAAGGUGUUAAGGAAGAAAUUAUGA